AUGCAUUUCUCUGGCCUUUUGAUCGCGUCGCUGGUGGCUGGCGCCCUUGCGCAGUCUGUGUCGAACCCACACAAGUUGGCAGCUCAGAGGUUGGCUCAGAGAGCUCCAGCUCCGGCGCCACCACGAGAACGCCGGUCUGUGCCCUCGCUCAGGAAGAGACAGCAGCCGAGCUUCUUGACGCCUCAGACCCAGAAGUUCGCCGUCAAUGGUACCGGCGUGCCACUGGUUGACUUUGAUAUUGGCGAGUCUUAUGCGGGCACGCUCUCUAUCGAUGGAAACAGCUCAAACCAGAACCAACUGUUCUUUUGGUUCUUCCCCUCCGAUAACCCUGCGGCUUCGGACGAGAUCACCAUCUGGUUGAACGGCGGGCCUGGAUGCAGCUCGCUUGACGGGCUUCUGCAAGAACAUGGCCCGUUCCUGUGGCAGAGCGGGACCUACGCUCCCUUGCCAAACCCGUUCUCCUUUACGAACCUGACCAACAUGGUCUACGUUGACCAGCCUAUUGGCACGGGUUUCUCGCCUGCUGCGCCGGGAGCCCCAGCAAAGAUCAACAACGAGGUUGAUGUUGGCAGACAAUUUGCCGGCUUCUGGAAAAACUUUAUGACCACCUUCAACCUGACGGGACGCAAGGUCUAUCUCACUGGCGAGUCGUAUGCUGGGCAGUACAUUCCGUACAUCGCCAGCUAUAUGAUUGAUCAGAACAACACCGAUUUCUACAACGUUGCUGGCAUCCAAAUCAACGACCCCAGUAUUGGACUCAACUCUGUGCUCAACGAAGUGCCUGCCGUCACCCACAUGAACAAUUAUGCCAAUGUCUUCGCCCUCAAUGACUCUUUUGUGGCUGCCAUAAACAAGCGCGCCGAGGAUUGCGGCUAUAUCGAGUACAUGGAAAAUGCAUUGACCUUCCCACCCAAGGGCAAGUUUAUGGAGCCGGUGAAUGCAUCAAACCCAGAUUGUUUCAUCUGGGAAGACAUCCUGUUUGCCGAACUCUACGUGAACCCUUGUUUCAACUUCUAUCACUUGACAGACUACUGCCCGUUCCUGAAUGACGAGCUGGGCUUCCCAUCUCUCGGCAACGGACCAAACAACUACUUCAACCGCAGCGACGUCCAAACUGCUAUUCACGCCCCGCCUACCGACUACGUGAUCUGCGGCGACGACACUCUAUUCCCCAAAGGCGACCAAUCCGACCCAUCGUCCUUCACCGCCCUUCCUCACGUUAUCGAACACACCAACAAUGUCAUCGUCGGCAGCGGCCUUUUGGACUACCUGCUCAUGACCAACGGCACGCUGAUGACCCUGAACAACAUGACCUGGAACGGCGCCCAGGGCUUCUCCAAGAGACCCUCUGACAAGUUCUUUGUGCCAUACAACCCCUCGAUUGGGUUCGUGAUUCAAGAGACGACCAACCAGCCCAUCCCCGCCACACCUGUGGGAUUGGUCGGCGGUGGUGGGUUCAUGGGUACCACGCACACCGAGAGAGGAUUGACCUGGGUGACGGUCGACAUGGCGGGUCAUGAGAUUCCCCAAUAUGUCCCAGGCGCCGCGUACAGACAGCUCGAGUUUUUGCUGGGUAGGAUCAAGAGCCUGACCCAGAUGGGUGACUUUACCACGCAGACUGGUAACUUUACUGGCACUACUCCAUUGUAG